AUGGCUUCCACAUUUUCCGUUUUGGAGCACGUUUUCAAUCACAUCGUCUUGCCUCCAAAGUUACCGGGAAGUCAGGAUGAUGACAUCAGAGAAGUGGAAAAGAACCUUCAAUUCCGCAUGAUUAUCGCGAUCCAGCAACUCAGGAGUCAAUCUACAGAUGAUGUGGCACCCACAUGGAGACGCGUCGCGGCGGCUUUGAAGUCUGGUAUUGUGAUGGAUGAGAACGAGGCUGUCGACGAAGAGGCAAUCCUGGGCGAUUUUGAAAACUUACAGCCUGGACAAACAAUCCUUCUGUACCUCAAGGAGCAGAACGCUGCUAUCCUUAUACGCCAAACUGAGAAUGACACCGUAAAGUUCGAAGCAUUUGAGGCAUCGCCUCCGUCAGAGGUGGCUCUGGCCGCAAAAGGUGCCCUGGAAUGGGACUUCCCUACCGUCGCCGUGUCUCUUCCUCUCUCCAAGUUUCAGGACCCAUAUUUGCAAAAAUCCCUGGCCAACUUUCUUGCAAUGGCUGGUGUCGAGCCCCUGGGAGAGUUUGCCGCGAAGGCACGGAAGGCCGGUGUUGAAAUCGCAGAAGAGCGCGAUACCAUGGACCCUGCCCUCAUAACGGAAUUUUUGAUGACCAUUCUCGAGGUGAAUGGAUCUCCUGAUUAUCCCCCGUUGCUUCGUAAACGUGUCAAAGAUGAUGUCUGCUGGGAAAAUGCGAAGAUACCAUGGCGUCGAUGUCCUUUUUGGCUAGUCUUGCGCGUGACUGUGCAACGUCUUCUUUACUUGGAACUGGGCGCCGAGUUGGGGAUGAUCAAUUACAAAUUCUUGAUGUGCUUCCUUUUGGCCCGCCUGCUGCUGGACUCUGCCGAAAAAUUGAACCCGCAUCUUUGCCAUCUUCUCAAAGCUAAGCUAUGCCGCCGCUUAGCCAAAUUGGAGACCUGCAAAAAAAACUUGACACCCUUCAAUCUCGAGAGAUACUGCCAUUUGUAUGGAUAUAUUGCCCCUUUCUGUCAGAAAGCGAUUGAUACUGCUAAGCACGCUAUCAAUGCACAAUGGAGUUCUUUCCAAGAAAACGCCCAGAGAAGGAUACCGCUCCUUCCGUUUCGAGCGAAAGAAGCCGACUUUCGUUUGGCCCUUCCAAAUAGCAGACCUUAUUUCGAGAACCUCUUCGCCAAUGUCCAGAACAGAACCAGACUGUUGCAUCAUGAUACGACUCCGGGCCCGGCGAUCCUGAAGAAUUACAUCAAUGAGGAUCUUGAAGCUUUGAUUACGCGCCACUCUGAAAUAGCAGGCCUGGAGGUCAUCAUUGCGCUCACUGACCAUAAGUUUCCAACCUCUCAAAAGGAUGCAGAGGAUCUGUGCCUCAGCAUCUCAAAGCAGAUUGAAACAUACCUGCAGUCUGUUGGCGACUCUUAUGAUCGCAACACUGAACAAAUGGGCACCUUCAUGUUGAAUGUCUUCGAUCUAUGGGUUGACCUGGACGAGUGCGCUACUGAUGCGUAUCCUCUCCUGUACGACUAUCGCCUAGUGUUUGAAUCGAAAAUGCUGGAUGUGCUCCUCCUGUCAACACCGAGGGACAUGGAGCGUCUACGGAUUAUCCAAAAAUACCUCGACGAGCGAUACGAACUGGCUGGCCCAUCUGCAAUGACCGUCUUUACUGAUCCCAGACCAGGAUGCUUUGCUGAUCAUUAUUUCGAAACCAAUGACGCAGAAUAUUUGCGAGAGCUUGAAGCGGACAUUGAGUCGGUGUCUAAAAAGCAGCGGGACGGCAAGGAAGCUGAGUUGGAAGCCCUCAAUAACGAGUGGCAUGACCUAACUCGGAAAAUAAGCUCAAGUUCGUGUACUCAGCGACUGGCAGACAACGGUUCCCACGAUAUCCGUGGCUGUAGCCAUUGCUACUAUGUGAGACGUCGAAGGCGCCUCAAGAUCAAUGUCCAUGAAGACUUGCUUCCCUCUGAGAGUCCGGAUGCUAGAGCUCGACGCAGGUCUGUCGUAUUUGAGCUGGAUGCACCUAGCGCGUUCUCAGCAUAUCGUACCAUUACUUGGAUGAUAAUCAACAAAUUUUGCCUGCCAAAGGGCCGGUCUGCCAUGGCCGGGGUAAAAAUAACGCCAUCUAAACCAGAAAUUAUGCUAUGCGAUUAUUCUCCGCUCGCAAGAUUCAAUCGCAGAGAAAAGCCGCGAUCCUCGCUAGCAUCUACUACAAAGUCCUACUAUGAUACGCACUACAAGACAACUCGCUUGCCGGCUCAGCCUCACGAUGUGCUACUACCUAACCCGUUGAAGCUCGGGUACUAUAGCUCAGUCUGCAAGAUCUGGGCUCGCGAUCUUCCAGAACGACUAAGCCUGGCCCAUCAUUUUCACAUAGUCUUGCCAACCGGUCUCCCGUUGUCUGGCCUUUAUUCUUCCUCUGAAUUUGCAGCGGAUGGGCCUGGCCCGUCGUCUUACCAGACUAUUUCAGACAUCACGAAAUGCCCACCCGCGCUGACAGUGCACGAGUUUAUGGCACAUCAUAGUCUUUUCUCGGGCACCACUCGCAGAUGGUUGUCCAUUCUCGCUGAGCUCGGCUCAUCUAAUAUGAACUUCAGCCUUCAAGACACCAUGGAGCUCUUCCGUCACAUAGUCCUCCAGGCAGGGCCCCAAUUCAGAGAUGACAUGCUUCGGGCUGUCCAUGUCAUUCUUAAGGACCCGGAAUUUUGCGAUAGACUGAUUGAGCAGGUUGACCGGCAUGUUGAAGCCAUCUCCAGUAACUGGCGGGAGGGUUACUAUAUGGAAACCAUUUUGACACUGACAUUGCGAGUUUGCUCACUUGGGCACGAAAGAAUUUUAGCCAAGGCAGACACUCUUCUUGCCAAGAUCCGAAAUGUUACACUGGCAUGGCUUGAUCUGAUACAAACGCUGCUCUGUCGCAGGACUUUUGAGCAGCAUGCGUACUAUGAGGAAGAAUUGAACCGAAUAGGCCUGGAGUCCUAUGUCAAGGCUACACUAGCUAUGCAAGAGCAUAUGGGGGAUCUCAAGGAGAUGCCAACAGAACUGAUGAACAUGUUUGUGCGCGAUAUCAAGAUGACAUUCAGCUUCGAGGUCCUUCUUCAUCAUGCGGUGGAACAACAUCCCGAGAGCCUCGAAGCUGCUAUUAGCACAAUUUGGCCGGAAGUUACAGAUGAUCCACGGCAGUACACUCCGUGGUCUUUCUUACCGCAGCCGCACGAAAAUUGGAUUACAGCCAAAGUCAAAGCCACCCAAAAUACGAUGCCGCAAACCGUACACUACCAUUUGCUCCAGGGCUACCUUCUUGUUGGAGGAAAGGCGCUGGGGAAGCUGCCGCCGGAGAUGAGAGACUCCGAAGAGUUGAAUUUCUUGUUUGGCCCUGAGCGACUGCUCGCAUUCCCCUCAACCAUGCCCGGGAUGGAGUACGUGCUUGGGUUAAAUAAAGACGGCUACCGGAUUCACCUUGGCCGCAGAGAACAGCAACUAGUAAUACGAGCUGCCAGAUCUGACGUUGUCUUCGAAUACGUACCUCAGCAUGUAUUUGGCCAUGAAGCCAACCUGGAUCUAUCUGGGUCGAUUGUUUUCGACUGUGUUCAUUGGGUCAACCUGCAGACCCAGGUCAUCGAAGCCAGACGAAAGCCGGUUAUAUGGCGAGGAAGGGCAUCGGAUUGGAACAUUGAUCUCCGCGCGAGCGUAGGGUACAGGCGGACAAGUUACCUGGUCGAUCCCCAUAGCCAGCUUUUCAAUAAAGUGGCCCAUAUCUUCGACAAUUUCGAAUCUCCACUAGGGCUAACCGUGUUCCAGCCACUGAAUACCAAUCUCUCAGUUGAGCUGAAGCGCAUGGACCUUGAUUUUCGAGUGAACAGACGACGCCUGCUGACAUGUAAACGAUUGUCUUCGGAAAUAGACACGGAUCAAGAUGCGGGGACUUUUUACGGAUUGCGAAGCAUGCUUGUGCUACGAGACACGCAAAUUCCUUCAAGGCGCAGCAUCCUUGUUACUCUUGGAGACAUACAGUUUGAACAGAAAGGAGUCCACGUGUUUGUCCGUAAAGCCAAUAAUGGGGACUACGGCAGGUACAUCAUUGAUGAUGUACUAGGACGGUUGAAGUGCCCGCCAGAACCGCUGUUACUGUAUACCAAGGCUCAACUACACGCGUACACGUCGUUCGUUUUACCUGAUCCCCUCACAGGCCGUACCGGUACAGAAGAGGCUCUGCAGUGUCUCCAAUCUGGGGGCUGUCAACCGUGGGAGCCUCUCAGACCUGGGGGGCAGGCAUUGUUAGCGACGUUGACUGCUUUGACCCCGCGGCGAUCAUACUAUCCAAAGGAUUUGAAAACCCAACAAACUGUCUCCUGGAGUCCACACUUGACCACCACAAUUCAACAUGAGUCGUUCUUGUCCAUGGUCAACCGCAUUUUGAACAAAUCCCGGCGAUUGGCUGUCUUCAACCUUGACCCUGCUUUGUCGAGCACGAAGCCUUCACCAAUGACCCAAAGUCAUCCUCUCCAAGAACGAGCUCAUUGGCGAAGACUCAUAUAUGAACGUCCAGGGAAGCUAAACAAACAUCUCUCUCCUGUCCCUGCUAAGCGCUAUUUGGGUCGAAAUGUCCGGGAAGCCACCGAAAGGUUAUUGAAUGUUCGCGAGGUCGCGACCUUGUUACAUGAGAAACCAGGGCUGAUCAACACACCGGACGACCUGGGGGGGAUCCUUGAGAAGUGGCCGGUCAUUGGAGGGUAUGAAAGCAUAUUCCUCCCGUCCUCUUUAGAGGAGUGCUUGAACAUCAACAUUGGUGAACGUUGGGGUGCGCUGGUCAAUUUUUGUCGGUGUACGCCGCCACAAGGAGAAAGCUUCAUCAUGUUUUUCGUGGGCCUGAUAGCUUUUCGCAGCGAUGCUGACAUGGGUUUGAUUCGGUCAUUGAUAUCUUUCUUCCUGAUGAAGGAACUUAGAGCGCUAUUGUAUCCCUGUGGUCAGUCUUUUGUCGGGUUUAAAAGGGACGAGGAACUCGACGUUAGUGCUCUGGCAGCUGUCGUCAGACCAUGCUGUCGACCGUACGAGGAGAUCCCACUCCCAAAGAAGAAGCGAAAUGAUCCAGAAGCGCUCAGAAUAGCCGAAUCACAGAGAGACGAUCACAACAAAGCGUGUGGUGAUAUAACCGAUGAUUUUGUGCAGUUCAUAAUCGAUCAGUGGCCAUGCCAAUCUCCCCACGUGGAUGAAUAUUCUGGAUCCCUCCUUGACAAAAGCAAAGCCUUAGAGGCUGUUCUUCCAGAAUGGCGUCGGAUAGACGAUAACACAGGAUUUCAAUAUCAUAUGGAGCUAGUAGAGAGUGUUCACAACAGACGCUGGACAAAAAAGACUGGUACUCCCGAGCCUCCCAGGCCCGAGGCGCAGUUGUAUGAGCCUGUCAAAGCUAACACAUAUUCCCUUCCGCGUUCGGGCACUGAGUUGGUUCAAAGAGAAUACAAGUUUGAACUAUACAAUAGGCCGAGCAAAAGAGCGCGGUCUUUUUCUUUCCAACUAGAUGGGUUGUGUGCAGAUAUGAACCACCUGACGGUAUCCUACAAGCAGCCGACGCCAGAAAUUGAUGAGCUUGAAGCUGUUGUAGACAGCCUGGCAGGAUCAAAUUCGUCCGUGCGAUCUCUGUACAGCCAGGACUUGAAGAAGAGCAUCAUGGCGUUGAGAACAAUCAGACCAGGUCCAGAGUCUGGCGUAAGAGGGUAUGAUAACCUUGACCGCGAAAUAGCAGACGCCCGCUACAUGGUCAACCAGAGCCAUGAGAGAAUAUGCGCUUCAUUCACGCACAACGACGACAGAUAUCAUUGGCUCCAACAAGGAAUGCUGUGGCCUUGCACUACGUCUGUCGCAGUCCUUGAGCAAUUACGAUCUACCCACCGCCAUAAUUACGGGCAGAACAUGAAGGAGGCGCUCGUGCUGUAUGCGCAGGCUAUCGGGGACUUGCAGCGUCUACUUCGGAUAAACGAUGCCUUGAAGAGAAAAGACAACAGGAAGCUAGCUCAGGAACAGAAUAGCUCCAGCCACAUCAAUUGGGAGCCAAUCCGUUUCCCAGACUGGCUUCUACUGGAGAUUGACUCCAACAUAUGCAUCCGUGAGGAUCAAGUCGACGUUGCCUUGGAGAUGAUAUGCCCUUCAUCCGGUUCAAAUACCGCAUUGCAGAUGAACAUGGGUCAGGGGAAAACAUCCGUCAUCAUGGCCAUGCUUGCAUGCGUCUUUGCCAAUGGGUCGAUGCUGAGCAGGUUCAUUGUCCCGCGCUCAUUAUUGACGCAGACGGUGGAGAUCCUCCAAUCUAGACUUGGGGGUCUCGUGGGAAAAGAGAUCAGCCAUGUUCCCUUCUCCCGGAGGACCCCGAUUUCACCUGGCCUUCUUCAGGAAUAUCGGCAGAUGCAUGAAGACAUGCUACGCAGUUCAGGCAUUGUUCUAGACAUUCCAGAGCAUGUCCUUUCAUUCGGACUUAGCGGUCUACAAGGAGUCUCAGAUUCCAAGAUAACCCAGGCAACGGAGAUGGUGGCGACCUCGCGCUGGAUGAGUGAAGUGUGUCGGGAUGUCCUUGACGAGUGCGACUUUACCUUGGCUGUUAGAAUCCAGCUUAUCUACCCUAGUGGCUCACAAUUGUCGGUUGACGGCCAUCCUCGUCGAUGGGAAGUUGUGGAGACCAUCUUAACUUUGGUGGUUGACCACCUCCGAGACCUUUCUCGGAAUUUUCCACACAGCGUCGAUGUCGUCGAGCGCGCAGGGACUGGAUUUCCAAUGGCUUAUUUCUUGCGAAAAGAUGUAGAGCACGCUCUGAUAGGCAGACUAGUGGACGAUGUCUGCAGUGGCCGGUUGUUCCUUGUGCCAAUCCAUGACUGUACCAACGAGGAGAAGCAGAUGAUUCGGGACUUCAUAUCGAAAGAAGCAGUCACGAAGUCUGUAUCUGAUCGCGUGGCACAGUUAUUUCCAGGCACCCUGUAUGCUAGGAAGGUCGUUUAUCUUCUCCGUGGACUGUUCGUUCAUGGUAUCCUAUUACUGUGCCUGAAAAAGAGGUGGAACGUUCAAUAUGGCCUUCACCAUGGACGAGACCCUAUCGCGGUUCCGUUCCGUGCGAAGGGUGUUCCUUCUGACCAGGCUGAGUGGGGCCAUCCCGAUGUGGCGAUUCUCUUCACCUGUCUAGCAUUCUAUUAUGAAGGUCUCACAGAGGCACAGCUUGGACAGAGCUUACAGUGGAUUUUGAAGUCAGACGAUCCUGCCACUGAGUACGAUCGGUGGACGCAAGCGUCCACGACAUUACCUGAAGCUUUGCGGCACUGGAAUAUCAUCAACGUGGAUGACAGCGCUCAAGUUACGGAAAUAUGGCGCCAUCUACGGUUUACUGUCGUCGUGAUCAACCAUUUCUUGAACAACUUUGUCUUCCCAGUUCAUGCCAAGCAAUUCAACAUCAAAUUGCAGACGUCUGGAUGGGACAUCCCCCUCCUGUCACUCGACGAAGAAGAACAGCCCCAGGGCCCUCGGCCAAAUCGACCUGGUCUCACUACUGGUUUCAGCGGGACGAACGACAACCGGCGACUGCUUCCGCUCACUAUUGAACAGCAAGACCUACCGGGUCUUUCGCACACCAACGCGGAGGUUCUAACAUAUCUCUUGCAAGAGCGAAACCGUCGCUACAUGCUUGCAGUCAAGGGGAAUGGGAAGCGGAUGAGUGAAACAGACUUGAUCGGUCUCCUGGCACGCAUCAACAUCCGGAUUCUCAUCGACGCAGGAGCCUUCGUGCUUGAGAUGGAUAAUAGACAGUUCGUUGAGACCUGGCUGAAGCAUGAUAACGAGGCACAGGCUGCGGUGUUUUUUGGCGAGCACGAAAAGCCUUGGGUUUUGUACCGGAAUAAAAGGGCUCCUAUCCCCCUUCUGGCGACGCCAUUCGCCGAGAAUCUGGAGGGCUGUUUGGUUUACCUGGACGAAGCCCAUACUCGAGGGACGGACUUAAAAUUGCCAGUUUGUGCCGAGGGAGCGUUGACGUUGGGAUUGAAUCAGACGAAGGACCACACUGUUCAAGACCUUGAUCCCAAGAUGCUGACCUUUGUAGCGGCCAUGCGACUUCGUCAGUUGGGCACGACACAGUCGGUUGUCUUUCUUGCGCCCCCUGAAGUUCACCAGAGCAUAUUGGAUACUUGCGAUAAAGAGCCUAAUGACCAGAUUGAUUCUUCGCACGUUAUUACUUGGCUUCUUGAUCAGACUUGUCGCAAUCUGGAAGAGUUGCAGCCUCUGUACUUUGCACAGGGGAUCAACUUCUGCCGCCGAACGCAGGCGUCUCGGACUAACAAUAAAUUCUUAACGGACUCUCAUCAUAGAAAGAAUUAUUUGGAUGUCCUACAGCUACCGGAACAGCAGACCCUCGAGGAACUAUACCAGCCCAAGAUAGUUAGAGAGGGAGAUACUGAGGGCCCUAUACCUACUGACGGAUCAGUACAUUGGAAGAUCAAGGGGUUUCUACAAAAAUUGGCAGAAGGACAGAGGCAUGCAGAUUCUAUCUUCCGCAUAUCAACGUCGAUGCUGGAAGAAGUCGAGCAAGAGCGAGAAGUGGCGUUUGAAAUUGAGGAAGAGAGACAAGUCCAGCGCCCUCCAUCUUUCCAACCUUUCAGCUUCCCAGGCCUCGACCAAAACAUCCUAGACUUCGUCCAUACAGGAAGUUUGCAGGGUCAGCGUGGAUACGUCAUGGCAUCCAGAUUCUUAGAAUCGACGGAGCUGGGGAGGAAAUACAAAAUCAGAGGCUCAGCUUUCCUCGCCCACUUGUUCGUUUCCUGGGAGUUCACCAAAACCGUCAAAAAGCACCGCACCGAAAAAAUGGAUAACAUGAUACGUCCUGUGAACUGGAUUCUCUGGAGCCCGCGCACAAACACCGCUCUCGUUAUCAUCCCCGAAGAAGCUGAAGCUGUCAUCCCAAUCCUCCGCGAAGCGAAUAGUAACGAGAACAACAACGACCCCAUCGUCCACCUCAUCCUCUACGCCGCGCCGGUAACAAAGCGAAUGCUCCACUUCAGUCACCUAAAGUACUUCGCUCUGCCUGGUCUCCCCCUCAAAUGGGAACCUCCCGCAUGGCUCCCGAUCGAGAUCGGCCUCCUAGCCGGCCGUCUCUACUUCCACUACGCAGACUACCAACCCAUCAUGAACCACCUAAGCCUCAACACCAUGAAGUCCAUCAACUGGACAUCCAUGCUGUCCUGGAAAGAUAGCACCGCAGAAGCUCGCAGCACACCCGCGCAUAGCUCUCUUCUGGCCAGAAGCACCCUCGCCUUCCUGCAUGAGUGGCUGUCCGUCCGCCGCUCCGGCCAGGAUAUCUCCCAGACCCCGAUGGGAUACAUCUGUCAGGGAUGGCCACUUCGCGAAGAUCACCCGUUCUUCCGUUCGACAAGACCCAUAUCGAAUGGGGUGGGCACUUCAUCGUCCUCUUCAUCAUCAUCUUCCUCUAUUUUGCAUCGCCGUGGACGCCACCAUUCUGCCCCUGGGAAUCAUGCCGGUGAUGAUGAUGAUGAUGAUGACGACGAGGAAUAUGACAGUGUGGACGGCGACGAAGACGACGACGCAACGAUGAUAACGAGUGAUGAGGAGGAUGUGGGGAAAGAAAACCGUCCUGUCGUUAUUGAUUCGGAUUCGGAAAGUGUGACGUUUGUAAGCCAGAAGAGUCGGUCUUGAGGAUAAUGGGAUUGAUCUAUUUGGUGUAUUUUG